UUAAAUACAACAUUGUACUAUUGUCCUGCAAGCACGUCAUACUUUCUCUGUUUCUCAAAUCAUUAUCAAUGAAAACCAAAGUACUGAGAGGCGGGUUCUGCCAGAGAAAUGAAACUGAGCAGCCUUAUAAACUCAAAGAAUAGGGGACAGGGUGUGAGCUUGGAAGAGAAACAGCAACAAAAACUGCCUGGGGAAACUGUCAGCCUGUCGUUCACUUCUCCAACCUGAAUACUCUAUAGUUUCCUGCCAAUUGCACUUAGGAAGUACACUUCCAAUCAAUGGCUAUGCAAGGAUCUCAUUCAGCAGAGAACUCACUGGACUCCCAAAAAGAAUCUGCACCUGAAACUUCUGAAUCAAGUGACCCAGGACCAAAGGCUAAAAGUGAAUAUCCGAUGGAAAAUGCUGAAAUCCUGCAUGGCAUGUACACAUUUAUGUUGCAGAAAUUCUCAAGAGCUGCCUUUGCCAGUCUGCUCAAUGAUUAUGUGGAAUCUGAAUUCUUCUUGAUUGAUGGAGAUUCCUUACUGCUAACUUGUGUUUUGGAUCAGUCACUGAAGGCAGGACAGCAUCUGCAUUUCUUCUACUUGGUAGAAUCCUACUUGCUUAAAUUGACCAAUAGAGGAGCGAACUAUGCUGUUGUGUUUUUUGAGGACAUGAAGUUUUUCUACCAUGGCAGGGCAGACCUUCUUUCUCUACGGAUCCAACUGAAACUGCACUUGGAACAUAAUACAGACACAAUCACAUACACCUUCUCCAACUUUUUGUCUGCUCAGUGGAACUCAUUUCUGACUGAUCACCAUCCCUAUUUUCUAAUGGUUUGUGAUGAAGGCAUUACUCUUUCUCAAACAUAUUUCUUCAGUAUGCUUAUGCUGAGUGCUCUGGGAAGAAAAAUAGACCUCGUACUCGCUGAAGGACAAGAGUUUGAUCAGCUCCGGGUGUAUGGAUACCAUAUCAGUGCUUCCCGUCAUAACUUACAUCCCAUAAAGAAUCAGAAGCAAAUUCUUCAAGCACUUGUUGAUCCAUGUGCAAAGUUGUAUGGAGAACAUGUACAGGACUUUGAUUUCAGUGAUACCAUAAAAAAGAUCAAACAGAGUAUACCAUUUCUUAACAAAGAGAAUGAGGCUUUAGACAUAAGAAGUUUGAUGUGUAUUUUGUCCUGCUCUGCCGUCCUAAAAAUGUAUGGCCAAAAAAGGAAAAGCACAAACCAUCGAAAGAUUAAGGCCUCACAGGAUGACAGUGACCUGACAUUGGAAGAAGUGGCUGACCUGUGCAGAAUGUACUGUCUGAGUGUGGCCAUAUUACAAGUUUUGCCUCUUUCCCAGAGGAUGAAAUCUAGGAAUAUAAGUGCAAGUUGGAACACCCCUGUAUUGGCAUGUUUAGACUUGCUAAAUAUAUUUGAACACAUUAUUCUGAAGACGUUUUCUGACACCCCAGACAGGAAUAUAAAUUGGGCACACAUCCCUGACUUAAGUGAUGGUUUGCUGUUAAAAAACAUUGCAUAUUUCUAUGAAAAAGAGAAAAGUACAGACCUCAAUUGGAAAUUUGGGAAGACAAUAGAAGAUAAGUAUUCGUUUAUCUGGAACUCCAUUUUGAAAGUGAACCCACAUAGUGAACAAACACAGUCCUAUGAAAUCAGAACAACCUCACGUUGCUUCCUUUCAAAGGAUUCCUUAGUAAAAGUGAGAGAUGAGAACAUACCAACUAUAGGUCUUCUAAAAGCAAAGUGUGACAUUGUUGAUGAAUAUGCUGGGGACAUUCUGCAGGAGUUACCAUUCUUAAACAGUAUUGAACAUAGAGAAACUCCUGUCACCAGAGGGAAAUAUUUUGAUGAACUUAUACACUGGCAUUCUGGACGUCCACUAAGUGAUGACUAUGACAAAACAAAGGGAAGUGAUGAAGCAUUGAAAGAUGAACGUGCUCUCAGAGAUUAUCAAAAGCUGCAGACUUUUCAACGUUUUAGUGGGCAAUCUUUAGUCUCCUCAUCAUCCAAGACAAUUGUAGUACAGAACGAUGAAUCUGAGAAGAAGGUGGAGAAAGAAAAGAUUGUUGUGAAGAAAAAGGAAUCACAGAAAUCCAAAAAAGAUCUAAUCAUAGAAGAAAAUCAGAAAAGAAUGAACGCCAAAGAAGAAACUAAGGAAGUUGAACAGUGGAAAUCUAUUGCAUCUUCCACUGCAAAAGAAAUGAGAGCAAAUUUUUUUCCUGGCUUAAAAAAACUGGAACAUUUCAUCAAGAACACCCAAAGCAAAUCAGUGAAGCUUCUUGCAGAACUAUCGGGAUUAAGAAUUUCCCUUGAGGUCUGGGUUGAACACUGCUGCACGCACAAAGAGGAGAAAGAUUUAAAUAUUGCUGUGGAAAUCAUGAAGAGGAUACAGACACUUCAGAUUAAAUACAAGGAUAUGAUGACUAAAGAGGAUCAACAAAUGAUUACUAAUUGUCUUAAUUAUCUGGGUUUUGAGAAUUUGGCGUGCACAUUACCAUGUUCAAAGGGAACCAGUGCUCGAGAGGAUAAAAAAAAAGCAGAGUGUUUGGUUGGAGUUGGAUCUGCUCGUUUCCAAUUGCAGUUCAUGAGUCCAUACUUGUUAAGAGAUGAAAGGACAGAUCCUGAUCCAAGAGUGCAACAUUUUAUUCCGGACACAUGGCAGCGCAAACUUCUUGAUGUUGUUGACAAUAAUGAGUCUGCGGUGAUAGUUGCCCCUACAUCUUCAGGAAAGACCUAUGCUUCGUACUACUGCAUGCAGAAAGUUUUGAGUCAAGGCCAUGAAGGUGUGGUUGUGUAUGUUUCACCAACAAAGGCUCUUGUAAACCAGGUGGUAACCACUGUAAUCAAUCAGUUCAACAAAAAUUGUCCAACUGGAGUUGCUCUGUGUGGUGUUUUCACAAGGGAUUAUCGUACUGAUACAUUAAACUGCCAGAUAUUAGUAACUGUGCCUCAGUGCCUUGAGAUACUUCUCCUGUCUCCGCACCGUCAGGAAUGGACUAAAAGGAUUAAAUAUGUCAUAUUUGAUGAGAUUCAUUGCCUUGGAGGAGAAAUUGGUGCAGAAGUAUGGGAACAUCUUCUAGUGAUGAUCCGUUGUCCAUUUCUUGCUUUGUCUGCAACGAUAAGUAACCCAGAACACCUUACUGAAUGGCUGCAAUCAGUUCAAAAUUAUUGGCAGAUAAGGGACAAAUUAAUAGAUGACAAAUGGACAGAGAAAGGAAGGAAGGCUAAAGCCUAUAAGAAGACAGAAAAAAAGUCUUACAGAGUGCGCCUGGUGAUCUAUGGCAAGAGAUACAAUGAUCUGGAGAAGUAUGUCUGCUCUGUGCAAGACUCCGAAGUGUCUUUUGAGCACUAUCACCCGUGUGCUGCCUUAACCAUGGACCAUAUAGAGAAAUACGGAAUUCCAAAUGACCUGUCCUGCUCUCCAAGGGAAAGUUUACAACUGUAUGACACUAUGGUUAAUGCGUGGCCUAAGUGGUCAAGAAGACAGGAAUUGGACCCUGAAGAAUAUAAACAUUUCAAAAACAAAAUCAUCAUAACAAAAAAUGAAACAUUAGCAUACGACGAAGAACUCAAAACAGAAUUGGUCAACUGGAUUAAACAAGGACACAAGAAAAAGAUUUCGCAAGUGCUUAAGUGUCUUCAGCCACCAAAACCUUCUUGCAAUGUGAAUCGCAUCUCCAACUUCUCAAAGCUUGUUGAAAAACUGAAAGAAGAGCAAAAGCUACCAGCACUUUUUUUUGCAUUUAACAUCGGACUUGUGGAACGUCUUGCAGAGGAGGCAGCCAUAUUUCUUAAAGAGAGACAAGACAAUAAGACAAAACUGUUGACUGAGAAAGAAACCAAAAAGCUUGACACCAAAGCAAAAAGACUGGGAAAGGCAAUAGCAAAAAAUAUAUCGGAUGGGAAUGAUGCUUUAUUCGCCAAUUUUGCCAAUUUUAAGAAUAUAACGCAAGUGCUGAAGAAGGACAAAGAAAUCCCACCAGAUUGUACUUAUGCUGAUACCAGAGCUGUGAACAAUGAGUUACUCUUUGAGGUGUUCAGACAAACAAGUCGAUCAAGAGAUGCAAAUCGUCUGAGGUUUCUGGCAAAGAGAGGUGUGGGCUUCCAUCAUGCAUCUUUGGAUGUUAAAGGAAGAAGACAGGUUGAGAUGCUCUUCAGGAUGGGAUACCUACGUGUUGUAACUGCGACUGGAUCUCUAGCCUUAGGAAUCAACAUGCCAUGCAAAUCUGUAGUGUUUGUUGAAGAUUCGCUUUACCUGGAUGCCUUAAAUUUCAGACAGAUGUCAGGACGUGCAGGAAGGCGAGGACUGGAUGUGUUGGGAAAUGUAUACUUUUACUCCAUUCCUUUGCCUAAAGUAAAAAGGCUUAUUAAAGCAGAUGUUCCUAAUUUAAAGGGACAGUUCCCAUUAAGCAUCUCUUUGGUACUACGACUCAUGUUAUUGGCUGCUAAGGCUGAUCAUAAAGAAGAUGCCAGUGCUAAGGCAUUGUCAGUAUUGAAGCACUCACUGAUGGCAUUUAAAAAACCUUCUGAAACCAAAAUGUUAAAGCUCUACUUCCUAUUCUGCAUACAAUUCUUAAUCCACGAGGGCUAUUUGGAUCAACACUGCAACCCUCUGGACUUUGCUGGACUGGUUACCCAUUUACAUUACCAUGAACCCUCAAAUUUUGUGUUUGUCAGUUUUCUUGAAAAAGGUGUAUUUCACCGACUGUGCCAGAGAAAAACUAAAGGUUCAAAAACGUUUCCACAAUCAGUGAUGGAAACCCUAGUGCUGGUUUUGGCAAACCUGUUUGGAAGAAUCUACCUUUUACCAUCCAUGAUGAAAUUAAAGGGAACAUUUAAACAGUCGAAGGUCUUUCUGGAGAGUCUACCAGAUGAUUUUGCUGCAGCCCUUAAAGACUACAAUUCUAAAGUAUCAGAAGUCUUUGGCCAGUAUCUACUUGCUGUUUCCCAUCUGGCAAAUUAUGAACCAGAAUACCAGCUUCCUUUAUCCCAGAUAAACUUCUCUGGGGAACAAUAUAAGGAUUCACAACUUUUAAACCACUUGCUGAGUUGCACAAAAAGAAGAAGUGCCGUAUCGCCCUUUGCCUGCCUGUCUGGAAAUACGGAUUAUAACUUACUUACUUCAGAAAAUGUGGACAGUCUGUUGUUGCAAACUGUUCACGUAAGUCAAAAACACAUUGCUGUGCUACAUUUGGAGAAAACAGAUGCUUUCGGUAGAAAACGGUUACUGAACGCCUAUGCACUGGAUUUCUUUAAGCACGGCUCCAUAGAUGCACUGGAAGAAGAUAAUGGGUUUCACAAAGGAGAUGCUUUUUACAAAUUAAGAGAUUUUUCUUUAUCCAUUGCAACUAUAAGUGUGUCUUUGAGGGAAUUUUGUGAAGAUGAGGAUGAUCCCGUUGUGUUAGCUUUCGAGCAGCUCAAUACCAUGUACAAAGAAAAACUGGCCACUGCUUAUCCCAUGCGCAGGAACAUGUUCGCUUGACGUCAGAUUUUUCUAUAGUCGUUGAGUUUCUAAUGUACCUCCACUCAAACUAAACAUGGCAAUAUGGACAGCUUUUCUGACAUUGGAAUAUUGAUAUUUUGAAAAAUGCUAUUUUGUAAUGUGUUUUGAUAAAGGCUAAAAAUGUACAUUUUCUUGGUACCAUU